UCCAGCCCAUCUAAACACGCUUCUUAAUGCACAUUUCAUAACCACAACAAGCAAAGUGAAUCCUAAUAUUCAGAUAAAUAAUUACAAACCUCCCUCUUCCAGCCGGAAAUACGUGGUCCAUGAGGCUUCCGCUGACCAACAGCGGGUUGUUGAAGAGAGGAAAUGGAGAACUUCAUCCUUUAUGAGGAGCUUGGCAAAGAUGGCAGCUUUGUCGUCUAUAAAGGGAGACAAAAGAGCAAUCUCUGCUACGUUGCCAUCAUCUGCACAGACAAAACCAAGAGACCCGAGAUCACAAACCAUGUACGACUGAGCCAGGAUCUGGAUCAUCCAAAUAUUGUACGCUUCUACGAAUGGUUUGAGACAAGUAAGCACCUCUGGGUGAUAGUGGAGCUCUGUACAGGCGGUUCCCUGGAGUCUGUAGUCGCUCAUGAUGGAAAUCUGUCAGAAGAUAUUGUGAGAAGGUUUGGAUGGGACUUGGUCAAAGGAUUAAGAUACAUCCAUGAAUUGGGAAUCAUCCUGUCAGACUUCACCCCUGCAAAGGUUCUUCUAGAUGGUAGCGGCAUUUUGAAGUUUAGUAACUUCUGUCUGGCCAAGGCCGAAGGAGAGACUCUGGAGGACAUUUUUACAACACUUUCUGCAUCUGAGGAACCAGAGGAAGGAGACAACAAGAACAUGAGACCAAGAGUGCAAGGUUCUUCAACCUACAGUGCUCCAGAGGUUGUGCAGGGAUCAGAAACCAGUAGGAGAUCUGAUCUCUGGGCUCUCGGCUGUGUGCUCUACUAUAUGUACACUGGUAAACCUCCUUUCUGUUCUGAUGACCACACUGAACUGACAGAGAUGAUUUUGCAUCAGGAACCGCCACCUCUAAGACAGAAAGUGUUUCUCCCAAAUCCUCCCAGUCAGGAAUUCCAGAGCCUCCUGAAAGGUUUAUUAAAUAAAAACCCAACCAAGAGGAUCAGCUGUUCGGAGUUGGUGGAUCAUCCUUUCUGGACUCAAGUAAAAAUGGAAGAACAUGAUGCAAAAUAUGAGGAAGCUGAAGAUGUCAAUGGACACAAAAGGACACACAGCCCUUUUCUUGCUGAAAACUCAGUCAGUCAACCCAGUAGCCACUCAGCGAUUAGCCAGACAGGUUUUAAUGUCUCAAAGAAAUCAACAUCUUCUCAUACGACAAAUGUAGCCGACAGGCCGUAUGACACAGAAGCUGAAAGCCAACAAUCUGUUACACAUGUGUCUGGUGGAAGGUUAAAUUACAAAAACUCAAAUAAGGAAGUGAGAUGUGGAAAAACAAUGGCGGACCAAGUUGAGACAAGAGAUCUGUCUCAACCAAAGCAGGGAGAUCCACAGCCCACUAAACCAUAUAUGACAGAUAAUGUUCUAGGGCUGAAACCAAAGAACGGGGUGGAUCAAGACAACACUGAUACAAUCUUUCUACUUAGCAACUCAAGAAGCCAAUGCAAUCUCUCUGACCCAUCAAACCAGAACUCUGAGCUUGAGAUUGUCACCGAUACCGGCGUUGCAAGCUGUGUGAAGCACCUUCUACACGCCGAGUUUGACCUGAGUGUCACCCGAAUCAUUGACAAUCCAAAGAUACUUAAGAGUACUCCUGUACGAUUUGAUCCCAAAAACCUCUGUGUACCAGCAUAUUCAGUGGAGAAGCUGCUUUCUCUGAGUGAUGAUGAGUGGACUGGUUUUCUGCUACAACUUCAUUCAUGCUUUGAAGAAAAGAAACCGUCCAUGCCACUCGCCUCCUCUUCUGCUCUUCCUCAGUCUACAGCUGUUCGAUCUAGACUCAACCUGCUGUGCUACCUCUGCUGUAUAGUUGGCCACACAGUUAUUGCUGAUAGGCUGAUUAACUCAACACUGCUUUCUGUAUUGACCCAGCAGUUACGGCAAGCUCCAAACUGGGAUUUACGAAGCAAGAUCCUCCGAACGAUGGGUCUUCUGGCUCUGUACUGUAGUCGUCUUGAAGAAGACUGCCACGUCUCUGAGGCUGUGUCAACUCUAACAGACCUGUUGCGGGACAAUCUCAGGAAUAAUAAACUGAAACAGUUCCUGCUGCCACCACUAGGGGAAUUUCUCUACAUGAUGUCUUCUGAGGAGGAGAAGAGAGGCUCCCCAGAGGGACUGUGGUUCGUUCCUGCUGCCGCCUACACUGGCUUAAUGAGGAGCCUGCGGGAAGGGGAUGAUGCCGUGGUUCAUCAUAUGGCUGCAAAAGCCGUAGAAAACGUCUCUUCAACCGUCUCUGGUCUCUCUCGUCACAUGGCUACCACAGAGAUGGGUUCCGCUUUGUGGUACCUGUUCAGUCACUCGACGGUGGAGGCCGUCAGAGUCACUGCCAUCUCUUCUCUUUCAAGGCUAUCCCGGCUGGACCCAGCAGUCUUCUUGUCGGUGAUUGACAGCUGCGGCCCCGCAGCCGUCUUGGAGGGCAUAGGUGGAGCAGGGUCCAGGGUGCAGCAGCACCUGCUCACUGCCGUGGCCUCUGCCCUCCUCGCCUCACACAUCCACAAACAUCGUAUCACACAGAGCAGGGAUCUGGUUCUGAAAGUGCUGCGUUGCUUGGAGAGCCCAUCUGCUGUAACAAGAGCCAAAGCAUUACUGCUGUUACUGCUGCUAACACAGGACAACACACACAUGCUGCUUUACUGCUGCCAGCACAGACUUGUGAUGUACCUGGAGAGAGACCUGCGGAAAGCCACUCCUGUCAGAGACAACCCCAGCCAAUCAGGAUACCUCUAUCAGUGUCUGGAUUUACUGCUGUCGCAUUUUAGUCGAACUGCACCGGUGAUAAUGGAGGUUGUCUUGUCUGCAUUGAGAGAUGUGAUUGGGAGGAAACACCCAUCUGCAGCUCAGAGUAGACAGCUGAAACAGACUUUGCCAACAUUGUCUGUAGUUCUAGAGCUCCUUUCAUCUCAGGUCUUCAGACCUCGAAUUGUAACCCAGGAGUUUCUGGUUCAAAUUGGAUUGCUGCUUAACUACAUUAUUUCUGUGGAGUCCAAUGAAACUAACCUGUCCAGUGGUGUGGGUGUUGCAAUAUGCGAAGAGCUGAUUAGAACAUCUCUGUCCAUUGUGGAGGUCCUGAGUCAGCACCAUACUCUAGUCACUCAGUAUCAUUGUGCUGUUGUGGAUGCUGUCCUACCUCCUCUGACAACUCUGGCUUUCAGCAGAAAUGUGGAGUGGUCGGUGUUUGUUUUGAAGGUGCUGUCUGAACUCAGCCUGGUUAUGCUCAUCCAAAAAGAUGAUGAAAAUGCUGAUGAAAAUGAGGACAAAAUAGAGGGAAAGAGAGACAGGAGAGAGACAGAAGGAGGAGCAGCUGAAAGAAGUGGAGAUGGAAGAUCCUGCAGCCAAGUCUUAUCUGUCUUCACCAAAUCUCUACUUUCAAGGUUCGAAGUUCUUCUUUGUGCAGCAGAACCUAUCCCGCUCUACGCUCUCAAGUUGCUGGUAUCAAUGACUGAGCACAGCACUCAGAUCUGCAGGUUGAUCAAACAGGGCAGGAUCCUCCCAGUUGUCUUUCAGCUCAUUAUGGCCAACAGUGUCACCAGUGGAACAGUCCAGAGCGCAGUCGUCCUGUUGUGUAAUCUUAGCGGAGACACAGUGAAGAAUCCCCAACAGCAACAUCAGCAAGAGCUGGUGGAGGUGUUGGUGAGCACUCUCUCGGAAGCUGCGCAGGUUUACCUUGAUGGAGAAAAGCAUGCUGGAAGGAAGAUCAGCCUGGUUGUCCUGCAAGCUCUCUUGGAACUGCUACACAACGUCCUAAAGCAAACAUCAGGUGUUGUGCGAACUGCACUGCAGAGCCAGAGGCUAUCUUGUUCAGCAGCAGAAACGGAGGCAGCAGAGAAACUGCUCAUAGCCAACAGACCCUUGAGCCAACUCAGCACUCACCUCAUUCACAUGCUGUCCACUGAAUACCAGGAAGUGUGGGAGGAAUCCAUUCAGUGUCUGUCCUUACUGGUACAGCUGUACGGCGGAGAGGGUCAGGACUGCUUAUCGCCUUCGUGUUUACAGAGCUUCUCCCAUCUCCUGCGCACUCACAUGAACUCCGAGAACCCCCGAAUCCAACGCACGGCUCUGAGGAUCAUUAAACGGCUGAUACAAACUACAGACCAGUCUGGUUGGCUGGAAUGUCCUGAAGGAACGGGCCUAACCAAUCUGCUUCAGGACAUUGCCGAGUCCAACAGGUGUCCUGCUGAUGUGGCUACACGGGCUGCAGAAAUCCUCCAGGAGCUUUCUGGACCCCAACAGUGACGACAUUUUACUCUUUUUUUUUUUUUAACCCAGUGCCGAUUGCACACUCAGAAAGUUUGUUUGUUUGGGACUAAAACAUCCUCAGAAACAGGAGUUUUGUUUCGCCGGUACUUGAAAACCAAUCGGGUCUCAACAUAAGACACUCGGUUGGAUUUGACGUUUUGCCUGUUUUAAUAAAUUAGAUUUAAUAAUUUCAGUCUCAGUCAGCAGCUCCCACAUGCUGAAAGCUUCACACGCCACUAAAUCACGCAGUUCGGCUAUCGGUCGCUUGUCGUGACUCCCUUCAUCCAUAAAUUGGAUCAGUGACGGUAAAGAAUGUUGCUGUGUCACCAGAGUUGACGGCUCAUUUGAAAACAUCCAUCAGUCUGCACAGGAUUACAUCAUGAGCAGUAAUUUGGGCUGUCACAUGCAUCACAGCACUGACCUUGGAGUCUGUUUAGAUGUUCCCAUUUAGCUUUAAUGACAGAAUAUUGACUCAUUAGAUUAGCCCUCAGCAUGGCGGGGUGUGUGUGUGUGUGUGUGUGUGCUGUGACAGUCAACAAUGAAUACUUUACUCUGCCUCUACAGCAUAACACGCAGUUUUGCACGCAGAAACAAAUGAGCUUAGAUUAGGACAGACCUGUGUUCAUGUUGGCCUCUUCUAACAGGAGAGCCUGUGAAAAUGAUUGGGAUUUCAUUUAAAAAUAUAAAUACUUUGCACUUUGUACGUUUUAGAGUGUGGACGAGGUCAGACGCGGUAAUACAAUCUGAGCACAUGCAACACAGGAGAGUUCAUCUAUUAAUGACAGCUGUGCAAGGAGCUUUGGAAAAAGGAUCUGCCAAGUGUGAAAUCCAAGCGUACGCGCACACACACGCCGUCACCUGCAGUUUCACAGGCCAUCAGUUUGGCGUCAACGGGAGCCGGGAGCUGUGGCCGGUUCACAGCUGCGUCUGCCGCUGUUGCGCGACGGAGACUUCAUCAGGAAAGUGAAACGUUGUUUAAAAAUAACUCUGCUGUGGACGUUCUGAUUGAAGAAUAUAAGGAAGAUAUCAGGAGACUUUCUAAUCGGGCAGAAAAAAGUAUGACGGCGUAUUAGGGCCAUUGUCGAUAGAAAAUGCACUAUAGAUACAAAAUCUCAUUUUUUCUAGAAAAAAACUUGAAUAUUUCUGAGUUUUAAAAGUGAGCUCCUGGUCUAUGUCUAUUACCCCCCUAUUUUUGGGGGUAGAAAUUUACUUGUCAAUUACCCUAAUAUGCUGUCGUACAAAAAGCCCAACUGUUUGCAGUGAUAUUCCUAAUUACAGUCUGUUUACAUAAUUCCCAGAUAGCCUGGAAAACUGGAAUUUCUUUUUAAGGACAAUUCUGGAAAAAGGAAAGUAGUGAAUAACACUUCCAGUGUUUACUCCUAAUUCUGUUUCCACUCACCACCCUUUGACUUCUUACUUCAUUUCAAGCUUAUUAAUUUCAGGUUCAUACAUUUCAGUGUAUUUCCAUCAAGUAGAACAUGAAUGUAAAUGUACAAGUUGGAGGUUACUUAUCUUUUUACAGGAUGUUUCCCCCCAAUAAACCAAAUGCAUCCAGA